CCCUCACAAAAGCAGUAGCAAUUAUCGAAAAGAACUGCUCGCCUGAGAUGCUCAAAUACGCUCUCUUCUUCUUCUCUCUCUCCCUCGCGCGGGAAAUCACCUUCCCUCCGAUCCUCGCGCAAUCCCCGCUCUCCCCGGCAGUGCUAUCAGAUACGCCUAUCGAUAUCGUGACAGGCAGCCAAUUCUCCGGCCUCACCACCUUCGCCCGCCUACCAUAUCUCAACUGCUUCAACACGAAUGAAUCCUACGAUGUUGCCUUCCUAGGAGCACCUUUCGACACUGGCGUUACUGCUCGUCCCGGUGCCCGGUACGGACCUACAGGGAUUCGGCUCGGAUCUCGCCGGUUAGGCGGAUACAGCGUUUACACGGGGGAAGAUGUGCUGGAUAGCUGGGCGCAGAUCGUGGACUGUGGGGAUGCCCCCUUGACGGUUCUGGAUAAUACCAUUGCCCUCAAGCAGUUGGAUCUUGCUCAUAAGGUUGUGUCCUCUCGGUCUACACCUUCAGGCGGCGUGCCUAGAAUCAUCACGCUGGGGGGAGACCACACCACGACGUUAUCGGCUUUGCGAUCGACGUAUCAACACUGGGGAGAGGUGUCGGUCAUCCAUUUCGACAGCCAUAUCGACACGUGGGAUCCGAAUGUCCUGGGCGGUGGUGUCUCGCAUUACGCAGGAAUCAAUCAUGGGACCUUUUUGCAUAUCGCUCACGAAGAGGGCCUCAUCACCAACUCGUCCAUCCACGUCGGGAUCCGGGCCCCCGUCCUGCGCCCAAAAGGUGACCUGCGCAACGACCUCCGCUGUGGAUUCGAGAUCGUGACGGCAAGAGAUAUCGACCGGAUCGGCGUCACCGGGAUCGUCGAUCGGAUCAAGCAGCGGGUGGGAGAUUCCAAAGUCUACAUCUCCGUUGAUAUCGAUGUGCUUGAUCCUGCAUACGCGCCGGCCACCGGAACCUCCGAGCCAGGCGGGUAUACAUCCCGCGAACUACUCUCCAUCCUCGACGGACUGCACGGGAUGCCCGUCAUCGGUGGCGACGUGGUGGAGGUGUCUCCCAUCUACGACACGGCGGGAGAAACGACAACCCUUGCCGCAGCACAGGUUGCUCAUUCGAUACUGACUUUGAUAAUGGGUUCCCAAGAGACCUAGUAACUUUAUAUAACUUUGUAUAUUCAAAGUCGUUUCUACCAGCACUCCAUAUAUUCCAACUUCCCAUUGACAUUCUUGAGACAGUCGCCCAGGUUCAACGACGCAGACUGCUGGCUCCCAUGCCGAUCAUUCAGCUGCGCGUGCAGAAUCGGCGCGCGGUCGUUUCCCUCGAGAGUCAGAUGGAUCUGCGACGCGCUGCUUGUGAAGUCGUGUCCGUUCCAAUGGAAGCGGCCUAUAGAAAACCCCAUGAAUGAGAAUGUAUAAUAAGAUUAUAAAUAAAACUUGCAGGAGUCAGAUACCG